UCUCUAGCUUUUACCUGUUUCAAUGGGGGACUCAGAGCCUUCGAAAAAGAGAGGUGCUUUGAAGGAGCUCUCUCGUGGUCUUGAUGAUAGUGAUGAUGACACAUGUGCAUUUGAGAGUGGUAGUUUCAAGACUGCUAGUGAGGAGGUGUUGGCUACCAGAAGAAUCCUCAGAGUUGAUGUCGUAACCAACAAACAAGAGGCACAUUAUGAUGGAAUAAGAUCUGAUGCCCCCAUCGUAGUUAUUGAUGGUGGUCAGACUAAAUAUGACACAAUAUCAGUAACACUAGUGGAAGAGACUGAAAUGGCUAAAGAUGACAUCAACUCUGUUGAUAAGAGUGAAGCAGUUAACGGUGGAGAGAGAGCCAAAGAUGAGACCAAAACAACAACAACCCAAGUCCAAGAUGCUGCUGGGGAAGAAAAGGCUAAAGAUGACAACAUCAACUUUGGUAAGGGUGGUGUUGACAAGGAUUCUUCAGGUGGUGAUCAGACUGAGAUACAAGGAAAGGAAGGCACUGAUAACAGUGGAGCCUUUUUUCCCCCAUUCCACCUGCAUUCAAAUUGCAAAAACGCUUUCUCAGGGUUUCCCACCAGUACCACAGCUUUCUCUGUUUCUUCCUUCUCCUUCGGUUCCACUGCCUCAGGUUCCGUGUCUCGCACUCAACUGUCAUCCUACGGCUUCAGCCUCCCAAGCGAUGGAACCUCUUCUAUCUUCGGCACCACACAGAGCGCUGAAACAGGAGAAGAGAAGGAAGAAACAGCUUUCACAGCUGAUUCAGUAGUAUUGUUCGAGUUUCUUCAAGGAGGAUGGAAAGAGCGUGGGAAAGGACAAGUCAAGGUAAACGUAUCAACAACCACUACUGAUAGCAGAAGAAAAGCAAGGCUACUUAUGAGAUCAAAAGGAAACUACAGGUUGAUCUUAAACGCUAGUCUAUACCCGGAAAUGAAACUGGCAAGCAUGGACAAGAAAGUACUCACGUUUGCUUCUGUCAAUAGUGUAAGCCAAGCCAAGACUGGCUUAUCUACGUUUGCACUCAAGUUCAAGGAUCCAGCGAUUAUGGAAGAGUUCAGAGAAGUUAUCGAAGAACAUAAAGAGAGUAAACCCAUGAGUGUAAAAGCAGCAGCAGCAGCAGCAGCUCCGUUGAAGACACCUGAGAACUCCCCCAGGGCUGAACAAGAAGACGCUUAAAGGAAAAACUUUGGAAACUAGUUCCCUUGUCUUUAGUUGUUUCAAUUUCAAAUUUAUCAGAGAGAAAGAGAGAGAGAGAGAGAGGAUCACUUAAAACUCCUUAUGGGCUUAGUAAUCGUAUGAAUAUUUAAUGUGACUCUCCAUCUUAACUCAGAUCUAAUACAAAAGAGCUCAUCCCAAGGGUAUAAUAUAAAAUGUCUCAGUCACUACUACAUUUGUUUAUAUGAUUCGCUCAUCUCAUAUCAUUCCUCAUAAAUACAAUUUGGCAAGUUUUUCAACGGUACUCUUUCUCCUUAGGGUUGGGUUGAGAAGAGGAAGUCUCGGUUCUUGAAACAAUGUGGUGAUGUGGAUAACAGACGAAUUAAACUCGGAAAAGCAACAACACUAGAGAAAAACUCAAAUACACGUAUUAGAGUUUUUGUGUGAAUUAUAACUUAUAAACUUUUUAGACCGUAUUUCUAAGCCUAAAAACUCAAUUCCCUAUUUUGAUUUAGAAGGAUUAUCUAAACCAAAUAGUACAAUGUACUAGACGAAAGUGUUUUUUACUCAUACACUAAAGAUUAACAGAAGGCACGGUGACUUCGUUUCCAUUCCUGUAAAAAGAACUGCUAUGUACUUCAGUUUUAUGGAAGCAAAAGACCACCGGAGCUUAAGAAGUCAGUGGCGGACCCAGCAUGUAUU